GACCUCUGCAACACAAUCAUGAGAAUCCUGAUCGUGUUGCUGCUGGUGGCCCUCGCGGCGGCGCAGCAGAAACGGGAGGCGGACCCUGACGAUGCCUACGGACACGGAAUCGGACACGGUGUCGGUCUUGGAAUCGGCCACGGUGUCGGCCACGGGAUCGGACACGGUGUCGCUCAUGGAAUCGGACACGGUGUCGGCCACGGAAUCGGACACGGUGUUGGCCACGGGAUCGGGCACGGAGUUAGUCAUGGAAUCGGACAUGGUUUAGGCCAUGGAUUCGGACAUGGUCAUGAUCUUGGUCAUAACCUCGGCCAUGGCACUCAUUAUGGCUACAAUUAUGGAUUUUCUACUGGCCAUGGAGGCCAUGGCCAUGGUCUAGGUCACGGUGGAGGUCAUGGGCUUGGACAUGUUGGUGUAGCUGUUGGCCAUGGAAUCGGACAUGGCCAUGGUGUAGGCCAUGGUCUAGGUCACGACCACGCUGUCGUCACCGAAGUUGUGCAUGGCGGACAUGGUCAUGGCCACGGUCUUGGAAUUGGCCACGACAUCGGCAUCGGGCAUGGCCAUGGUAUUGGAAUAGCCCAUGGCGUCGGCCACGGACUUGGCGUCGGCCACGGAAUCGGUCUGGGCCACGGCGGCGUCGGCCACGGAGUCUACAGCCACGACCCCUACGGCCACGGAAUCUUCAAGCGCGAAGCCAAGGCCGAGCCCACGGCCAACCCCAAGGCCAAAGCCAGCGCCAAAGCGGGGGCCAAAGCCAGCGCCAAGGCGGGGGCAAACCAGAGCCAAGGCGGGAGCCAAGGCAGGAGACGUGCAUGGAUUUGGACACGGCUUCGGCGGUCAUGGGAUCGGACACGGCUUCGCUGGCCAUGGGAUCGGACACGGCUUCGCUGGCCAUGGGGUCAUCGGGCAUGGAGGGGCUGGAUUUGGCCUUGGCAUUGGCCAUGCAGGGGCUGGGCAUGGCAUUUCUCAUGGUGUAGGGCAUGGGUUAGGACAUUCGGUUGGACUUGGACAUGGGGUGGCCGUUGGCCCAGCUUUGGUUCACGACGCUGGUCAUGGUAUCUACACUUCGGAUCAUGGAGUCAGCCAUGGUAUCGGCCAUGGAAUAGGCCAUGGUGUGGGCCAUGGAAUAAGCCAUGGUGUUGGCCAUGGAAUAGGCCAUGGUGUGGGCCAUGGAAUAGGACAUGGAGUAGACCAUGGAAUAGGACAUGGGGUAGGACACGCUGUUGGACAUGGGGUCGGACAUGGAAUAGGUCAUGCUGUCGUAAGUCAUGGGAUAGGCCAUGCAGUUGGUCAUGGAGUAGCCCAUGGGGUUGGCCAUGCAGUGGGUCACGGAAUAGGGCAUGGGGUAGGCCACGGAGUGGUUGGACAUGGGCUCGGUCAUGGCGUCGGACACGAUUUAGGCCAUGCUGUUAGCCAUGGGGAUGGCCACACCAUAGAUCUUGGCGUGACUCACGUACACCAUGGAGAUGCAGGUCAUGGACUUGGUCAUGGCAUUGGACAUGGGGUAGGACAUGGCUUGGGCCACGCUGUAGGCC